UUUAGCAAUACUGUGAACGUUGAAAGUUGAUUUUAGAGCUAGAAAAUUAUUUUCUGGUUUUCUUUGCAAUGUCUUCGCCAUAAGAACAGUUUACUGAGCGGGCCAAUCGAGUACACGAAUCAGGCUGUUGAGUUUCGUCUGAUGUUUGCUUUAAGUGGCUAUGCCCACUCGUCGUAAAAAUGUUGACUUAAACAGACUGAAACGUUCCUGUAAACGAAGCAAGGUAUUCGAGUUACUAUCUUUGUCUUACGUCCAAUACCUCCUGAUAUCCAUAAUAUGGGGAUUAUUGUUUGUAGUAAAUCAAUCAACGGACAUGAGGUUUGAGUACUUUUGGCCUGUUUGGCUAUCUGUUUGCUCAAUACAUGACUCACUGAAGUUCCAAGGACUGCAAUACACAAUUGUCUUUAUUAUUAUUUUGAUUACAAUUGAUCUAAUGUGUUUCUUCUUGAUCCCUGUGUCAUGGAUUUACACAUUCGGUAGUGCGUAUGUGUGGCUAUACUUUUUUCGACACACUGAUCAAGGGUUGUGUUUCCUCACUUUGUCGCUGUGUUUUGUUUUCAUAUAUUUUGAAUUUAGUCUCUACUCAAAAGCGACAAAAUUCACUCACAGCAUUUAUGUUUUCCGUCCAUUUGCAGCACACAGUAUUGGCUACUCGGUAGUAUGUGUGGGAUUUUCUCUAAAACGGUACCUGGAUAUCAGCUAUCGAGAUUUUAAAAGAAUGAAUGUUAGAAGGCAAAAUUACCUGCAUUUUCGAAUUCUUUAUGAAGCUCUCCCACUGUCGUCGGUAAACGACAACGCUUACGUUCAACAUAGUCUUGAUUAUUUUCAAAAGGAUUCCCUAGAAGUUCAUGAAGUUGCAAUGUCUGAUGAUUUCUCAUCAGAUUUUUAUAGUCGAUCGGUAUUCAUACCUUUUCGCUUUGGUCAAUUAUGUUUUGGUCGUUUAGUUCGUUGGUUUUUCGGCUAUCUCAGAUCUGUUGAUAAACAAUACUUGGAUUUUGAUAGUCGAACUGCACGUUUUAACCAUUCCUCGACUACAAUAGUAAAUGGAGUAAUAUCAAAUACUUGUGUUGUUGAUGCUGGUCUACGUCGAGCUAUUCAGUGCCUUGAGUCAAGUCCGUCUGGAUCGCAAAUUAGUCGUCGAUAUACCACAGAGAAUUCAGUGAACCUUUACUCUAAUUCUAAACCUUCAGUUAAUGGUUGUGUUCCUAAGCAAUCUAGUAGUGGGAAACCAGUACGUGAACGAGGUGCUAAGGAAGAUCCAGUAACGAGAUUAGAGAGUAACGUUAGACGUCUCCGUUCCGAAUUACAGUCCAUGCGUGGACUGGAAACACAAUUGCGUAACCAAUUAAACAGUCUUCAACAUGACGAUCACCUCAAUCGACUCAGUCUGUCCAACCAACGUCAAGAGAACGAGGGUAUUUCAUCACGUAUUUCAAAGCUAACUAAUAAAUGCCGUACUGAACGGGUUAAUUUAAACACAAUUGAGCAAAAUUUAGGUGAAGAAGUUCGUUUGCGUCAGUUGGUCGAAGCUCAACUCACUGAAAUUGGUGUAAUUCCUGUGCGUAGUUUUGUGGGAUCAAAUAAUGCUAAUAAUGUACCUAGCAAUUCAACUGAAAAGUGUAUUCCAACAUCUAUGUCCCUUAUUCAAGCGUCUUCUAAUAAUGACUCAUCGUCGAAUUCUAAUGUCGUAAUACUUCAACCAAGCGAAAGUGAAAAAAUAAUGGAUAAUUAUUGCUGCAGACUACGUCAACUACUAGAGUCAAAGAUUUAUGCCCUUAGAUUAACUGUGAAAUAUCGUGAAAACUUAACACUAGCUUCCAAAAUGCACCAUUCAGGUCAGCUGGUUUCCAAGUGUCUAACCAACGCUAACCUAAAGGUUGUAGACACUUCAAAUUAUGAUAGCAGUGUUCAUCAAUACGAUUCACAAUCGUUGUCAUGUAGACUUCAAUCCGGACACUUUAUAACCAAAGAUGUUUAUUGUUGCAUUUUGAACUCAGAUGUAGAAAAUUUGCAUAAUGUUGCUAUGAUUAAUCAACAUACGUCAACAAAUAACCAUAGGCAUGCAUUUUUAGAAAAUUGUUUCAAUUUAGCCAAUGAGAAACGAGAACGUUUGGCAAAUAAAUUACGUACAGAGAAUUGGCAAAAACAAGAAUUACUCACAUUAUAUCACACAUCUGUACGGGAAAUAACUGAACUCAAUAGUUAGCCUAUUUAUUUUGGCUAGAUGAAUCAAUAAUUAUUAGAAAACCCUUAAACAACGUGAUUUACAAAUCUUAGAACUUACGAUGAAAAUAGAACAACUUGAGUGUUUACCGAAAAGUACUAGUCGAUGUGAUCCUGUCAGUCAUGCCGGGUAUUUUGCAACAACAGCAGCAUUGACAGAGUCAUCAAGUGAUUCGGUUGGUGAUCCUACAAAAUUUUGUUUAGGUGAAAAACAGUUCACAUCUAAUAAGCAACAGGAUGUAAGUCAAACGAAUUUCUUCCAUACAUUUUAUCAUACGAACAAAAACCACUUGAUGCAUAUUAUUUUAGUGCUUAUGUUUUCUACCAAUUAGGUAUUUUUAUUUCAGAGCUUUAUCUGUUUUUGAGCUACCACGUGCCCAAACUCAGUUUUUGGCACAUCUGUGAUUAGUCAUUAGUUUAUGGUGUAUGUCUGAGAUUUAGAACAUAUUGUGCAACAGUGAAAAUUGAUAAGUCUUGCUAAAUAAAUGCUCGAUCCGGUUUCCUAGCUGCUUCUAAUAACCCCAGGCUAAAUCUACACGACAGCUUGAAUAUGCGAGAAAAGGUACGAAGGCCGAUGAUAAGGACUUCUUUCACUCACAAAAUAAAUCAAAGUGAUUUGGAAAUACACUACAUUGGUGGGACUAUAAUUUAUGGCCGACCUUAGAGCGACGCUAAAGUGGCCUUGAGAGCGGACACCUACUGAUAAAGAAAAAGUGAGGGUUAUAAAGCAGUCAGAAUUCUCAUCUACAGUUGAUGGUUAGGGUUAAAAACUAGAUUUAGGGUUUUCAUCACGAACUGAAAUUAGCUAUAAUGCCAAAACUCUAUUUAGCAAAAUGUAUGGAGGAAUUUCGCGCCAAAAUUUGUGACUCGUUAUCUUAUAUCUGAUUGGUUCGUCCAUAAAUUAUAGUCUCGCCACUACAUUUUAUAUGGUUUAUUUGCAGUUAGAUUAACAGACAGAGUUGUAUACAAUAAACUGCGUUGUAUAUAACGAUAAUAAUUCAUAUAUAUCAUAUCAUAUUAUGCAAUUAAGUAUCUGUAAUCCUUCUUAAAAUGUUAAAUCCAUAUAACACACGAUUGGAAAAAAACCCAGUUUCAUAUAUCAUUCCCACUCCAGUUUAUUGAGCUAUUACUCGCCAUAUCAGAAAUAUUCCAAGAUAGUUUCUUAAUUCAAAUUUAUUUUAAUCGCAUAAUGGACCCAUGCGUUUUUUGCAAAUGCUAAUAUUUUACAAAUACUGGACUAGUCAAUAUAUCUCAGUCCUAUUCUGUUACGAUCACGUAAAGCUUGAUUUAUACCCUCAAGAUUACUGUUCGUACAAUCUUUGGGAUUAGUCGCAACAUUUUAUUUGUUAUCCAUCAAAAAAACAGUUGUUACUGACAUCCUAGUUCAUAAAUGUGUGCAUAUUUAAUUACAUUUCAUAUUUACACAUUGCGGUUUACAAUUUAAAACUACACAGCUUCCUCCUGUGUAAUUUUAUGGUAGCAUCCUUCAGGAAUAUUACAUUAUCCUCUUACUAUAUAUGUCAUUUAUUAAUUGUCGAGAUCACCUCAGCCAGUAUCAGAGACUCACUAAGAUAGGUAACUAUAGGUGUAAUCUUAAUUUGAGUCCUUAAGUAUUUUUGGUUACAACACGCAUAAUAAUUUAUGUCCAUAGUAAAAUUAAUCAACAAACAGCUUUUUUCUGUAUUUUUUAACACUGACAUCAGGUUUUAUAGUAUUCUUAUGCUAAAAGAGUUAUUUAUUUGAAGUCAAUGAACCAGUAAUUAAUUUUCUAUAUUGUGAUCAUAUUAUUGAUGAGAGAAAUACUUCCAUAAAAUUGAUUCUUAUUAUUUCUAGAUGUCAUCUCUGUUGCCAACAUGCAAUAUAGGUCAAUUGUUUACUAAUACCUCGACAAAUACACGCGGUAACGUACUUAUCCACUCUGCUUCAACUUCUAGAUUUUGUGCACCAGCCAUCCCAUCCAUAACUUCAUUCACAGACUUUGCAAGUUACCCUGAAAUUUAUGCUCAUGCAACUUAUCAUUAUAAAGACAAACAGAAUCUAAUCUUCACAAAACCUAUUACUACAACUUUCUACACCAACUUAUCUUCAUCUUGUUUGUUAACUUCUCGAAUAUGUUCCUCCUCGUCGUCUUCGUCGUCAUCUUCAAAUAUGAGCUGUGCGAUGCAUGCAGACGUACAGACACUUAAAAAUUAUAAAGAAUCAUCUGUUAUUACAUCAGUCAAUAGUAGCUGCCCAAUUGUACAUCAACAGCAUCACCGAAAAUAGCAGCAAUAACUAUCUGCUGACGUAAAGUAAUUUAAUACAUUCACUGUCGUUACAAUUAUACACGAAUUUAUGAGUGUUUUUCCUAACUUUAAAUAAAGAUACAUGUACCUGUGAGAUAUAUAUUACUUUUUUCAUGAAAAUAGCGUUGUAUUAAAAGAGAGAGGUUUCAUUAUUGCUUGC